UUGAAUAAAAACAACAAAACAAAAAUGGCCCUCGAACACGAAACCACCGAAAUAACUUCACUUUCGUCGCUGAACAAUUUUUUAAGCGAAAGAAACAACAACGAAAAUGUUUUUUACAUAUCCAAGAUUCCCGAUAUCUGCAAGGAAUAUCCGUGCAUCCUCGGCAUCGAUGAAGCUGGAAGGGGCCCCGUUCUAGGCCCGAUGGUUUACGGCACUGCAUUUUGCCCCCUGAACGAAAACGCUUUGCUCGAACAAUUGGAAUGCGCCGAUUCCAAGGCGCUGAACGAGGAAAAACGCGACAUAAUUUUCGAAAGGAUCUGCAACAACUCGGUCAAAAUCGGUUGGGCCGUCGAAGUAAUCGCACCAAACACAAUAUGCAACAGUAUGUUGAGUCGGUCAAAAUAUUCCCUAAAUCAGGUGUCGAUGGAUGCUGCAAUUGGAUUAAUCAGAAGUGCCGUGGAAUGUGGUGUUAAUAUUUCACAUGUUUUUGUCGAUACUGUCGGAAAACCGGAAAAAUAUCAGGCUUAUUUGAAGUCCAUUUUUCCUAAAUUGAAAAUUACAGUUGCCAAAAAGGCUGAUAGCACUUAUCCUAUUGUGUCAGCAGCUAGUAUUUGUGCCAAAGUUACAAGGGAUCAUGCCCUUCAAGUCUGGCAAUUUCAGGAAGGCAUUCAGCUAACACACAAGGAUUUUGGUAGUGGAUAUCCAGGAGAUCCUGUAACAAAAAAAUUUCUGGCAGAAAAUUGUGACCCAGUGUUUGGUUUCCCUCAAUUAGUGAGGUUUAGUUGGUCAACAGCUAGCAAUAUUCUAGAAGAUCAUGCAUAUGGUGUAGAAUGGGAGGAAAUAGAUGAAGAGACUACCCCUCCUCCAAAUACUACUUCUAUUACUUCAUUUUUCAAGAUGACGACUAACAAACUCACCUCUAAGACAGACCAUGAAUUUUUCACUCAAAGAUGUUUAAGCAAAAAAGUUGAAUUUUAAUUGUAUAUUGUUUUGAAUUCUAUUUUGAAUAAAUUGUUUUAUUGAUGAAA